AUGGAGAAGAUGAUGGGAUUACGGGACAACAUAAGAGUAUCAGACGAAGAUGAGAAGGAAGUGGUAAAGCUUCCAGGAUUCAGGUUUCAUCCCACGGACGAGGAGCUCGUAGGGUAUUAUCUUUCUAAGAAAGUACUCCUCAAGAAACCGAGCAAGAUCGAUGAAAUUGUCAGCCAAAUCGAUAUCUAUAAAUUCGAUCCCUGGGAUCUUCCAAGGUCGAGCAACAUGGAGAAGGAAAACUACUUCUUUUGCAAGAGAGGAAGGAAAUACAGAAACAGCAUAAGGCCGAACCGGGUGACUGGUUCCGGUUUUUGGAAAGCCACGGGGAUAGACAAACCUGUCUAUUCCGAUGGACCUAGUAAAACUGUGAUCGGUCUUAAGAAGACACUCGUGUAUUACCUAGGAAGCGCCGGGAAAGGAACCAAGACAGAUUGGAUGAUGCACGAGUUUCGUCUCCCCACAGCCAAUGACACAAUCCCCGGUGGACCUACGCACUCUAACCCUACUCCAACUUCCUCACUACAAGCAGAAGUGUGGACGUUAUGCCGGAUAUUCAAGAGAAAUGUGUCUAGUCAUAAAUACACUUCGGACUGGAGAGAAUUAGCAAAUGGCAAACGGGUGAAGCAGCAACAAUCUAAUUACAAAGAAGCAUACAUCAGUUUUGGUGACAAUGAAAGUAGUAGUAGUACCAACGUGACCAAAGGGAUCAGUUACGAGAGAAGUUUUUUCCAGCUUCACCAAACUCAUCAACAACAGGACCAGCCAAUUCCUAUGGACACCACACAGGUUGAUUCGCUUCAUGAUUUCUCCACCGAUAAUAACACUAAUCACCAUGAAACCUACGACGACUGGGACGAGCUUCGAUCGGUUGUGGAAUUUGCUUUCCCACCUUCUUCUUUUAGUUAGAUGUUUAAACACACUAGUUAACUUACUCGCAUAUAUUAUGUU